AAAAAGUAAGGUUGUAAAGUUAUUGACUGUGGAAAUUGGAAAAUGAAUUUGAUUUUUAUCUUAUAAAAAUCUGCUUUUCGGGAAUAAUAUAAAUCAUAAAAAUGGCCCUAAUACCUCUCCGCAUGCAGGUGAUGCGGAUGAUCGCGCAGUGUGGGAACUACUCCACACUAUUGCAAAGAUCUAUGGCUUAUAAAAGUGCAAUUUCCUUGGAGACUCUGUAUCCGAAUAGCUCUUUAAAACUGUCUACGCCUUCUUUCACACCAAAUCCUAAUGAGAAAUUUUCGGGCUAUAUUCCUAUGGAGAAACUAGAGAUUAAAUACAGUGCAAGCUCAGGACCUGGUGGACAAAAUGUGAAUAAGGUACACACAAAAGUGGACUUAAGAUUCAAGCUUAGCGAAGCUGACUGGAUCCCAGCUGAGAUUAGAGAUAAAAUGAUUGAACUGCACAGUAACAAACUAACUAAGGAGGGCUACCUUAUUUUACGCUCUGACGUAACUAGAACUCAGCAGCUGAAUUUGGCUGAUUGUCUGCAAAAACUGAGAAACAUGAUCCGCGAUGCAGCAGUAACUAAAAGGGAACCCACCCCGGAGACAGAGGAAAGGAUUCGACAGAGGCAGCUGAAGGCGUCCCGCCUCCGCGUGGCGGUGAAGCGCGAGGAUGCACUCAGGCGCGCUCAGCGGCGGGCCCCCACGGUGGUGGACUUAUGAUUCUUCUAUUAAAUUGGGCACACCUUACUACUGGGGGACUCCAACGACACCGGUGGCUACUAGGAAGUUAGGGUAUUAAAGUGACAGGGCCCCAUGUGUGCUAUUUAUUGUGUCUCAGUGUAUUUUGUGUCAACCAAUGACAAAAACUUCUCGGACGUCCGUAAGUUUUUCAUUAUUUAUCAUUAUAAAAGAAAAAAGCACUGCUAGUUGUAAACAAACUUCAUUUUGUAACCGUUACAUAAAAUAUUUUCAUAAAAUUUAUUUUAUAAUUGCUGUCAUAUUGCGUCAACAAUCAACCUCUGAGACACAAUAGGGAAUUUGAACUAAAAAUAUCAUUUGGGCUGGAGUAAUCCUUAAAGGUUAUUAUUUUUAAUUAUUACUUCAUAUCACAUAAUAAAUUUUCUAUAACUCACCAAAUAUUUUUUACCAAGCCAAGUUCACAUGAUCACAAACUCUUAAUUGAUUGACUCUCUUUUAACAGUCUUGUGAUGUCAUAAGACUGUAAACAAUGUGGUAUUGUAAGAGUUUUUUUUUACUAGAGACCUAUAGAUGAUUUUCGUGCGUGACAAGAUAGCGACUCCCAGAUUCUCUGAAUGUACUUCAAAUAUCUUUUGAACAUCCUCAUAUGUUCGAAAAUAGUUUUUUAGACUUGAAACGAGCGUUUUGAUUCCAUUCUUUUAAUUUUUUGCAGAAAUAUACUUAUUGUUAGAUUUAAAAUAGCAUAUUUAAGACAAAAAAAGGAAA